CCGCCGCCGUCUGGGUUUAGUCAUUCGUGUGGCGCACAUGUCAAUGCGAACAGGUGAAAGAUCGAUGCAUGGUGGAAGGAAACUCCGAACUGCGUGGACUGAAAGAACAGAAAAAGAUGCCGAAUGUCAAAGUAUUCAGUGGUUCUUCCCACAUCGAACUUGCCCAAAAGAUUGUGGACAGGUUGGGACUGGAAGUGGGCAAAGUUGUCACCAAGAAAUUCAGCAAUCAAGAAACUUGUGUUGAGAUUGGUGAGAGCGUACGGGGUGAGGAUGUUUACAUCGUACAGAGCGGAUGCGGAGACAUCAACGAUAACUUGAUGGAGUUGCUGAUUAUGAUCAACGCUUGCAAGAUUGCGUCGUCAUCCCGCGUCACGGCAGUUAUUCCUUGUUUUCCGUACGCCAGACAAGACAAGAAAGACAAGAGCCGUGCCCCCAUCUCCGCCAAGCUCGUUGCCAACAUGCUGUCCGUAGCCGGAGCAGACCACAUCAUCACCAUGGACCUCCAUGCGUCACAAAUACAGGGAUUCUUUGACAUACCUGUGGACAACCUGUAUGCAGAGCCGGCCGUGCUCAAGUGGAUUAAGGAGAAUAUACCAACCUGGGAGAAUUCCAUUAUUGUUUCACCAGAUGCUGGAGGUGCAAAGAGGGUCACAUCUAUUGCAGAUCGGCUAAAUGUGGAAUUUGCCCUGAUCCACAAAGAACGGAAGAAGGCCAAUGAGGUAGCCUCCAUGGUGCUGGUUGGUGACGUCAAGGACCGCGUAGCCAUCUUGGUAGACGAUAUGGCUGAUACGUGUGGGACCGUCUGUGAAGCAGCUAACAAGCUCAGAGAUGCUGGGGCCCUCAAGGUCUUCGCUAUCCUGACACAUGGCAUCUUCUCUGGUCCGGCUCUCUCCCGCAUCAACAACGCCUGCUUUGAGCAGAUCGUCGUGACAAACACCAUCCCUCAAGAAAACAACAUGAAGCAAUGCAGUAAGAUCACGGUGAUUGACAUUUCUAUGAUGUUGGCCGAAGCGAUCAGGAGAACGCACAACGGGGAGUCGGUAUCCUAUCUCUUUAGCCACGUACCCCUCUGAAAAACCUGUGCAAAAACCUUCUGUUGAAUUAUUUCACCGUACUUUUUUCUUACGGCAAUGCAUUGUGCCGUUCACUGUUGUCUUGGAAAUGAUGGUCGACAAAAGCCAGUUACAGCAUUAUUGGUAUUUGUGUAAAAUGCUUCGUUUCCAGUUGGAAAAGGGUUCUGUAUUUGGAAAAUAUUGGCACUUAUCACACGUCUGGUUUCCAGAAGGCAUGUUUAAUGUAGUGUGAUUUUGUCACCGUAAUUGAAGCACCUGUCUCAUUUUCAACACAUGCCAUAAAAACAUCCCCGUUGUCAUGUAUGAAAAGUCAGUAUCUUGAAUUUCUCGUCAGAAACAAGAGACAAACAUUACAGCUUUUUGUACAGUUUUGUGACUAACGUUUUUUUCAUUAAUUGCAAAGUUAUGAUUACAAAGAGUUUACAGAAGCCUUUUUUUUAGUGAGAGAGAAUGUUGUCACCAUUUUGGAUAUGUAUGUGCUUUCCCCUAAGAUAACAUUUGUAUUCUUCAAACCUGAAUAGGUAACCUUUUUGUGGUGCACACUUUUCACUUUUGUUCACUUUUCUUCUUCUUUUUUUCAGUUAAGGCCUUGAAUUCUGAGUCUAUUUGUUUGUUUGAUAAUGUAUUUUCGUUUUUGAUGAGAUUCUCUAUAAUUGGAUUGAUGUACAAGCGCAGUGCGUUUUCUUCUCAUAAAUUGUUGUGAAUUUUGGCAUCAAGUUAACACAUACAAGGAUAGUGUUAGAUGUAAUGUGUCCAUUUAAAAUGCACAAUGCAAAUGCACAUAUAAACAUGAACUGUCUACAGGGCGAGUAAAAAAAAAUGAAA